UCUCAGCUAGAGUCUCUCCCACCAUCACAAGUUUCACUUUACGGUCACUGCCCUGAAACCCUCUCCGGCGACUUGAUCGGAGAUUCUCAUUUUUUCUCAAAUCUUUGGGAGCGAAGCAUAAUCUCUUUAAUGGGGAUCGAGAUAGUAGGUCAGAUUGAGAAAAUCAAUGGUAAAGAGCUGAGCUACAAGGACUUUGCGGAGAGAUACUUAGCCAAGAGCCAGCCGGUGGUAAUCUCCGAUCUCACCGAAGAUUGGCGAGCUCGAGAAGAUUGGGUCGCUGAGAAUGGACUCCCUAAUCUCCACUUCUUCGCCACACACUUCGGAAAGUCCAGAGUUCAGGUUGCAGAUUGUGAUAGGAGAGAGUAUACUGACCAGAAGAGACUAGAAAUGUCUGUUUUGGACUUUGUUGAGCAAUGGGCCAAAGAUUCUGUUGAGGACAAUGGAGAAAAUGAUGAUGAUGAUGAUGAUGAUGGAAAGUCUGUGUUGUAUCUGAAAGACUGGCACUUUGUCAAGGAGUAUCCAAACUACACAGCCUACAAGACGCCACCAUUGUUUUCUGAUGAUUGGCUUAAUAUCUAUUUAGACCAUUACCAAAUGCAUGAGGAUAGAGAGAACUUCCAGAAGUACGAUCAAAUAAGCUGCUCUGAUUAUCGCUUUGUUUAUAUGGGUGGGAAAGGGUCUUGGACACCUCUACACGCUGAUGUGUUUAGAUCUUAUAGUUGGUCAGCUAAUGUUUGCGGUAGAAAAAGAUGGCUUUUUCUUCCUCCUUCUCAAAGUCAUCUUGUUUAUGACAGGUACAUGAAAAAUUGUGUUUAUAACAUCUUUGAAGAUGUGAAUGAAACUAAGUUCCCAGGUUUUAAGGAGACCACCUGGCUUGAGUGCAUUCAAGAAUCUGGUGAUACUAUCUUUGUUCCCAGUGGAUGGCAUCAUCAAGUUUAUAACUUGGUAUGUUUCUCUCCUCUUCUCUCUCUAUAUAGACCAGUAACACUAUUUCAAUGCAUGAGCUUAAAUGUUUUACAGGAAGAUACUAUAUCUAUAAACCACAAUUGGCUCAAUGCAUACAACCUAGCUUGUGUGUGGGAUCUACUGUGGAAGGACUACAAGGACACUGAGGAGUCAAUAGAAGACAUUAGAGACAUCUCUGAUGAUUUUGAAGCUCUCUGCCAACGUAAUCUUGCUGCCAACACAGGAAUGAAUUUGAAUGACUUCUUCAUCUUCAUGUCACGGUUUGCUUUCGGCAACAUGGUUCUACAAGAAUCUCUGAAUCCAUGUUCAUCAGCAAUGGCACAUAAUCUGGUAUUGAAUCUCUCGACUAUAAAGAAAAUGAUGAUGAAGAUGAUCUCUGCAGGCGGCGUGACUGCCAAGGAUGUGUAUCUGGACUUGAGAGAAACGCUGGAGGAUCCACAGUUUCUAAGAUUCUGCAGAGACAUGGGAAGAACAUAUAAAAUGAUUCACAAGGAAGAAGACAAUAAAGUUCUCUUUCCGGAAGAGUUCUUACUAAAGAUUAUGGGUUUUGCAGAUCAGAAGAUGCAAAUAUGUUCUCCAAAGGAUCUUGUUGAAAUGAUAGACCGUUAUAGUACUUGUUCAUCCAAUCCAUUAGCAUGAAUAUGUUUGUUUUUAUUGAUCUUCAUUACAUAUAUUUUAUAAAGAAAAAGAUUAUAUGUUUAUUUAUACACAUCCCAUGGAAGUUCUCUCCAUCUAUAGAAUCUUUCUUUGCUUA